UGUGGUGUUGUGCUGUGUCGUGUUAUGGUAUUUGUCCUGUAUGGGCUGUGCGGGGAGUUGUGCGUUGGGAGGACCAGCAACUGGACAUACUAAAAGGACAAUGCAUCUGACUGAGCCCUCUGCAGGUGAGCGGCAUGUGUUCCAAGAGAAGGCACUGAGGAAAAAGAGGCUUUGUGCAGGCUGUAACGAGCCCGUCCUAACCCAAGGGAGUGUCUGCAGAGUUUGCAAGAUCAUCAGUCACAAGAAAUGUGAGGGAAAGGUUACAUCCGGUUGCUCUUCACCACCUCCACCUGACAUGAGACGAAGGACCGCUCCAGGACCUAGCAUCCAGCAUAUGGGUUCCACAAAAUCAAUCAACAUAAAACAGCGGAGUUCCCUUCCAAGGAGCUUCAGCCUGGACCAUGUGAUUCAACGUAGCUAUGACUUGGACCUCACAUACAUCACGGAACGUAUCAUCAGCGUCUUCUUUCCCACCAGCGUAGAGGAGAAGCGCUACCACAACAAUCUACGAGAGGUGGCUAGUAUGCUGAGAUCCAAGCAUGAGGAUAAAUAUCUGCUUUUUAACUUAUCGAGGAAGAGACAUGACAUUACAAGGCUCAAUCCCAAGGUGCAGGACUUUUUCUGGCCGGAUUGCCAUGCCCCUCCACUGGACGUUAUCUGUUCCAUUUGUAAGGCUAUGGAGGCCUGGCUGAACUCCGACCCACAGCAUGUAGUAGUUCUGCACUGCCAGGGGAAUCAAGGGAAAACUGGUGUCGUCAUUGCAUCCUACAUGCAUUAUAGCAAAGUCUCUGCAAGCGUGGACCAGGCUCUCAGCACUCUUGCUAUGAGAAAAUUUUGUGAAGAUAAGGUCUCAGUCUCCUUGCAUCCGUCCCAACGCAGGUAUAUCAAUUAUUUUGGAGGAUUGCUGUCUGGAAAUAUAAAGAUUAGCAGUGACAUGCUGUCCCUGCAGUGCGUUCUGCUACCUGUUAUUCCUGCAUUGCAGACAGAAGGAGGAUUUUGCCCCUUUUUAAAGAUUUACCAGUCCAUGCAGCUUGUGUACACAUCUGGCAUCUACUUCAGUCUUGGUGAUGCGACAAAUCAGAGACGUCCGCUCUGCAUCAACUUGGAACCAGCGCUGCUUUUGAAAGGAGACAUUAUGGUGAAAUGUUAUCACAAGCGCUGCCAGCCUAACGAGAGGGAAGUCGUUUUCAGACUCCAGUUCCACACCUGCACCAUUCACAACUCACACCUGUGCUUCAGUAAAGACCAGCUGGAUUGUGCCUGCACAGAUGACCGAUUCCCAGAGAGUGCCACAGUGGAGUUUAUAUUUGGAAAUGAAAAAACAAAAGGACGCGAGGAAUUCCAUAAUGAUCCUGCAGUUUCAGUAGAUUAUGACAUCACCGACCCACUCGUGCGUUUUGACUCCUAUGAGAACCUCAACGCUCACCAUGAAGACAGCCUGGAGGAUCUAAGUCACACUCGAGGUCCAUUAGAUGGCAGUCUGUAUGCCCGGGUGAAAAAGAAGAGUACUCCAUUAGCAUCGAAUAAUGGAAGCCCUGAACAUCAUGGGCGUCUCUUGUCUGUCAGCAGUGACUCUGGACACUCCUCUGCUCCAACGGAGAGACUGGAAGAAACUCCCCAAAAACCACUGCCUACGCCAGCUGAACGAGAAGAUCUAGAGAGACUCUUGGGUGGGUUUGGAGUUGCAGUAAAACAGGAUGGGGAGUCUCAGUACUCCCAGGUAAGGAAAAAUGAUGAAGUGGGAAUGCAAAAUGGAAAUCAGAGAAACAAAAUGAAUGCGAAACCACAAGACUUACAGCAUAUUGGUUUACGUGAAGGGGCAAACCAAAACAUUCAAACAAAGAUUAAUGGAGAUGUAAGGCCUUUAUAUUCAUCAGGGUGGCCAGGAGCAGGAGAUGAUGGAACAUCUCAAAAUUUGCCAUUAAUGUCUUCAUCCUGGGAAGGACAGAGAGAGGUACCCUGUGAAAAUCAAUGGGGUAAUCAGAGAGACCGUGAGAUAGCUAUUAUGGAGGAAGAGAUGGGGCAGUUUGGAGGACUUGCUGUCUUUCAAGAAAGAAGGCCUGUCCUGUCUAGACACUGUUCUUGCAGGUUGGGAUAUGCCCCUGGCAAUAUUGAGGGGCCACCAAGUAGAUCUUACUUCAGGACAGAGGGCAUAUUGGAACCCAGAGGAGCUCCAGGCCCUGCAGCAGUACUUCAAGCUGCCCACUAUCCAGGUAUUUAUAGCGAACAAGAAAGGAGAAGACUUUACCGUUCACUCUCUGAGGGGCCUCAACAUUAUCCAACCCAGACACAGAGCCCACCAAAGCGAGGAAGUUUGAGAGAUACACGACCAUACCUGUGCCAAGGGCCUCCUUCUGAACCUGUUUUGUUCCCUCUAUGUCCAUGUUCUCAUUGUCAGAGUUCAGCUUGCUAUCCUGCACCCAACAUAUGGCCUCUGGAGGAGGCCAAGAUUCCUCCAAUGCAACCAUUUCAUCGUGGAGAACAUCAAUUACAUUUAAAUCCAUCUUACAACCGAGGUGUGCAACUCAAUCAUGACAUUCCCCCAUUUCAAAUGCCCCAGUCUAAAAUGCAUUAUGGGUACCCAACACCACAUGGAGAGGAUACAUUAAGUUAUAAUCAAUUCACAGAAGGUGGUUAUGGACAUAAUUACCCUAAUUUUCUGCACCCUACCUACCUUCCUACCCACUGUCCAAGUGGUUAUGGUUCUCCGUCAUUUCCAUCCUGUGUGUCUCCAUACAAUCCUCCUGAAGAUCAGGCUCCACCUUCAAGCUCUGUAUCUCCUAUAAUUCCAUCCAAUCCCGCACCCAGAAGAUUGAAUGAUGAAGCUGUUUCUGUUGACAGCACUAGUGUACCUACAUCUGUGCACCAACCACAUGAAGAACGUGGGAGCUCUGCUUCACAGAAAGAGCUGGCAUCAUCUCGGCCCCAGUUAAACCAGGAAGCAGUGCCUGCAGUUGGCACCACCGGAUUUAUACAGACCAAGUCUGCUUUUAAUGUACAAAGCUCCAUGCACACAAACCCACCAGGUCCAGGACAGACCAGCAGUUCUAUGCAUGCCCAAAUUCCAGUGCAAACAGAUGGAUUUAUGUAUCCACAAAGCCCUGUGCACACAAGUACCCCAAUAAACACUAACUCUCAAUCUUCACAAACACACAGUCAGACUAGUGUGCCCAUAAAGAAUCCAUAUGGCCCAGACAAUAGUCUUGGGCAAAUAUGUUCUACACAGAGGCCAUCUUUGCAAACUGCAGAGGUCCAGAAUCAGUCUGCUCAACACAGCCCUGAUCGGGCACAUGAUACACAUGUCCGUGUACACAGUCCUUUGCACACAAAGUGCCCAACAGCACAACCAAUCAAGCUGCACACAGUAAGAUUUCAAAACCCUGAACACACAGAGAAUACAGCCGUACAAAUCCAGAAUAAUGUGCGCAGAUGUGAACAGGCUGAAAAGAAUGAAAAUACCAUGCAUGCACAAAGCUCAAAUGCACAGUCCCAUUCUCCUGUUUAUACACAGGGCUCACAUGUACAUCCUCAUUCUUCAGUGUAUGUGCAGAGCUCACCAUGCCACCCUCAUUCACCUCCACACAUACAAUGUCUACCUGUUCAGCAUAAUUCUCUUGGACACACACAAAGUCCUUCCACACAUUCUCAUUCACCUGGAUACACACAAGGUCCACCUGCACCCCAUCAUUCUUCUGGAUAUACACAAUGUCCACCUGGGCAUCUUCAUUCUACGGAGGAUAUGAGGAAUCCACCUGCCCAUCUUCAUUCUCCUGGGCAAACGCAAAUUCCACAAGUGCACACACCAAGCCCACCUUUAAACCCUCAUAAUCCUGGCCACGCACAGAGACCACCUUCACAUCCUCCUUCCCCUGGGCACUCCCAGAGCCCACCUGCCCAUAUUCAUUCUCUUGGGCAUGUUCAGAGCCAACCCACAUAUCUAGAUAGUUCUGGGAACAUGCAGAGCCCACCCCCACCUUUAAACAUCCAAUCUUCGGUGCACUUGCAGAAAGCACCUUCUCAACAGAUGUCAAUGCAGAGUAUAGCUACACACACACAGAGUCCUUCAGCACAAGCAAACGGCCCACAAGAGACACAGACAUCCAGUCCUUUGCAAAGCCCCGUGUGCAAAGAUAAUCCACAUGAGAAAAUUAACAGUACUGUACAUACACAGAAAGACAACACUACACAAACAAUGAUCACUGUGCACACUCAAAUGCCUUCUACACAACCACAUGUUUCUGUGCAAAAAGUAAGCCCUCAAGUGCAAAUUCAAAACACUGUGUGCAUUCAGAGUGCUUCCAUGCAAACCUUCAGAAAUGCUGGCAACCAAGGGCCACCUGUACAAAAUCAAAAGCCUGGAAAUACACAUCAUCCUCAAGCACCUAGUGCCACUGGAACAGAAAGAAGUCCCAAGGGCCAUAAACCAAUGACACAGUUUUGCCCAUUGGGGCUCAUCAGCAUGAACAAGUUGACAAGUUACCCAGGUCCACCGGCACCUGCGCCAAAUCCAGCUUCUCCAGCCAAAUUGUCUUUGCUAAACUUAGGAGAUGUACAAGUACUGACACUAUAUCUUAAUACUCUUAUUAUAAGCAGUAAGACACAUUUAAUAUCAUUUGGAUGGUUACUGGACAAUGUCUGGGGCUUGUUGAAUUUUUAUAAAUUUUUCCAUUUUUUGUCAUACAGGCCUGGGUUAUCACUGUCGUGUGUGGAUGUAUCGACCACCGUGCCAGGCAUAUCAUGUGCAUCAUCUACACCACAUGUCAGUAAAGUUGCGCCUCAACUACCCACUACUCCACGGACCAAGUCGUUGGAGGCUACCAGGGGACAAUUUUCAUUUGGUCCUAUAUUUACAUCUAAUGAAGGAAUUGUUCCUCCUACAGAGUUUGGGGGUUCCUAUCCCUCCCUGAUCACCCCUGCACCUAAUAACGGUCUUACACCACCAAAGAGGAGCCACACUGUUUCUCUGCCUAUGACUCAUGGAUCUUGUCACGGAGGGAGCACCCCAACCAGCCCUCCACUCACACCAGUGGGAAGUCAGUGUGAUCUGCUGCCUCCGUCCCCUACUCCUUCCUUCCCUAUCAGCACUGCUUAUUAUUCAGGAAGCCCUUGCCCCCAAAAAAUGCAGCAGCCACCAUGCCUGCCAGAAAAAAAUAAUCCAGCAAGUGGAGGGGCGAAAUCAGAAAGUGUAAGGCAACCUAAUGGUCACCUGGAAAGCAGAUCAUCCGCAUCUUCAGCAGACAUACAGCAAGAAACUCCUCUGAUGGCCGGUUUUGUACAAGAUUCCUCCAAGUUUUGGUAUAAACCAAACAUCUCCAGGGAACAAGCUAUUGCCCUUUUACGAUGUGCAGAACCAGGCUCCUUCCUCAUUCGGGACAGCAACUCUUUUCGUGGUGCUUACGGUUUGGCUCUGAAAGUAUUCAGCCCUCCUCCAAAUGUUGUGACACAACCAUGCAAAGAUCCAGCAGAGCAACUCGUCCGUCACUUUCUCAUUGAGACGGGGCCAAAAGGAGUGAAAAUCAAAGGCUCUCCUAUUGAACCCCACUUUGGAAGCUUGUCUGCACUUGUGUCCCAGCACUCAGUUACUCCUCUAUCACUACCAUGCAGACUACGGGUUCCCACUCGGGAUCUGGCUGAGCAGAAUUCAGAGAUUAUGGCCCCUACAAACAUGAGCACAGCAGCUGACUUACUGCGACAGGGGGCAGCCUGCAGUGUGCUGUAUCUGGGCUCUGUGGAUACAGAAUCAUUAACUGGUCCCCAGGCGAUUUCAAAAGCCUCCUCUGCUAUCCUGACUCCCCCCAGGUCAACUGCAACUAAUGUGCAUUUUAAAGUGUCUGAGCAAGGCAUCACUCUGACGGACAGCCAGCGCAAAUUGUUCUUUAGACGUCAUUAUCCUGUUUCCAGUGUAACAUUCUGUAGUGCUGACCCACAAGAUCGCAGGUGGACCAAUCCAGACAGAACAACAUCAAAGGUGUUUGGUUUUGUGGCUCGGAAAUCAGGAACCACAGCCGAGAACGUUUGCCACCUUUUUGCAGAACUGGACCCAGAACAACCCGCAUCAGCCAUUGUUAACUUUGUCACCAAAGUGAUGCUGGGCACACAAAGGAGAUAAAAUUAACACGAAAGGAGAGCAGUGGAGAAAUGGGAUACAAAGAGAACACGGGCAAAGGAAGUUGGAUGAUGGUUUUAGAAAAUGUGUUUAUUAAGAGCCCUGUGGAUGUUAUGAUGUAGUGGAGCAGUAUGUGACUCAAAAUUUUAUAGGAUAAUUAUUGAGGGUCUUUUAAAUGUGGAGCUAAAAUAGGCUUCUUCUAAGUGUCUGUUCUUCUUAGUAUUGUAAAAUGAAAUAAAUGGCUAUUGCUACAUGAGACCAUUCUCCAGACAUUCAUAAGUACAGUUAACACAUUUAGGCCAGCAAGGCGAUAUCAGACAUGGUAUAUUAAAACCGCUAUGUGCCUUUCUGUUACUUGAGAUCUAGUAGGACAUUAUUUAAGGAGAACUACCUGUUACGAUAGGAUAUAAGGGACUGUUAUUGUAUGUAAUUGUGGAUAUGGUCGAUAUCAACUCCAUCCGUUGUCACGUAGCACGUGUUGUCUACAGGACACCAGUAUAUGUGCACUUAUAACAAGACAUUAAACGCAACAUGUACCAUGUGAUUCCUGAUAAGGCUAUCCAAAUAAACCAAAAUUGCCAUAUGAUCAGUCCUUGAAUAAAUUCUCCUCUACAGGGUAGUGACUUUCUAAUUAGUAAGAUGGACCACUUGCCAAUAGAUUUCAGAAUGAAUUACCUUUUAUUUACAAAUAGAAAUGUAUGUAAUAUUUCUUCUUAAAGAGGGCGCUUAUCUGUCCUAAAUCAAGAGACGUGGAAGCUUUGCUUUGCUUUCCUGGGUGGCAGAAGAGACAUUCAACAUUGCUCAUAUUGUUCUAACAAUUCUUUUGCCCAUGGCGGACAAGUAUUCUAUAGUAGGAAUAGGAACAUCCUGUAACCUGCUACACUGCAUCGACACACGUUUUAAGAAACAAUGUAGACAUUUUAAACGGGCUAGAAAGGCACAAUUCCCUCGUUAGUGUUGGCGCUGAAUAAUAUGGGGCUUAAGCUCUAAACACUGAAUUAUUGCAAACUGAAAAUAAAAUAUCCAAGCGCUGACUAGUUGAGAUGGAGAUUUUCCAGAUCAGUGCUUAGUACCAAACUUUAGCUAUUCAGCUUUCAUUUCUUGGUCAUUGAAUAAACUCCCUUCUGCCUGCCCAUUCUCCUUUUCUAUAAAAUAAUUGCAUUAUAGAAAGUGCAUUGGUUGAAUGAAAGGCUAUCCUGCAUUAAUGUUAAGUUCCAUUAGUUGAAGGCUUUCCCUGUAGAAGAGAAACUUCUUAUUAUAGAAUUCUUAUUGGCUGCUCAAAGUAUUCAUGAAUUGAGGAGGAUGGAGAAACAUUCCAUUAGCCAAACCGUUCAUAUUUCCUGGCUAAAUAUUUCUCUAUGUUCUCCUUUCCUUUAAAACAGCUUCCUCUCAUAUUAAUCUUCAUGUACCUUUCACUCAGGUUCUGCUUUUCUGUGUUCUAAACUGUAUUUGUCAAUACUGACUUAGUGGGGUUUUUUUCUACGUGAAGUUAGGAAAACAAAUGGAGAUAAAUUGCACAUGAACUUUGGAUUUAAAAAUUUGAUGUUAGUCAUUCUUCUCCUCCACCCACCAGUUCUGAUUAGGUUUGUUAGGGAUAUAAAUAGUUCCCCAAGCAGGCUCAAGACAAUUUGUUCUCCAGUAAUAAGUUGUCAAGCAAUUUGUAAACUGAAAAUAUAUGCAAGAAAAAAAAGUCUCACGUGUCUAGCUAAAAUAAUCGCAUGUGAAUAAUUCAAUCCAUGCGCUGUAGAUUUAAAAAAAAAAAAGUCAUUUGUUGGACACAAAGUAAGGAUUUGUUUUGUAUCUAGAUAUUUCCCAUCUACAGUGGGACCCUCCCAGACGCCUUUCCUGAUUGGUGUUCUGUAUCCAGGGACAUAAGGAAACUGUCCCCAGCAAGCUUAAUGUGAAUGCAUAAUUAAACUUGAUCCCAAUGAGCUGAGGGCACUAGAAGCGCUGCAGAAUAAAAUGACGUUAUAUAAAUUACAAAAAUAAUAAAAUAACAAUGUAGAAGUCUGCACUGGGUGGCACAAAGUCAAACGCCUUGACACCCCACUUUUUCCAAAAUGGUGUUGCCCCUUUAGAGACCAGUGCUGUCAGUGGCACGCUCCCUUCGAGCUGACCUGUUCUUAUGGCAUACAACCUAGUGCAGGGGCCCUACCCAGCAGCACUCCGUGCUUCCUGUAACUCAAUUGAAGAAGCCAGAUUUUUCUUGGGAUAGGUAGAUCCAGCGCUGGGGUUAAACAGUCUGAGCAUACCCCCUACUGGUAAAGUGCCAGGGAUCUUGGGGCACCAUAGCAAUUUUUAACAACACUUUAAUGAAGUUAUGGUGUCCCUACAGCCUCUUUAAGUACUGCACCUACAUUCCUACUAUGUAGGCUCAUACCCAUUACAGCAUAAUAUAAAUGGUAAUGAGUAACAUCAGUCUGCUAUAUUGGCUUGUCAAAAAAAGGGAGAAGGCAUGCCGUAUAUCUCGUGGCAGGCAGAAGCAGUAAAUAUUCAUCAGGUUAAAUAGGAACUGUCUGGAGAUAAUCUGCUGUAAUAGUGUCCUCAUCAAAAGAACACAUUGGAAACUUUUAAAAUAGGCUAAAGUUU